GAGAGAGAGAAAGGGAAAAGUAAAAAGAAAAGAGAAAAAAAAUUAUUACAAAAUCAACGGGAAGACGAGCGACGAAAAGAAAUCAAGGGAACAGACUUCGCGUGAAACUGAUGGGACGUACGAAAGCAAAAAAAAAGGGGGAAAUACUUAACCUAAAUCGUUCAUAAUCGCCAAAAGCACUUUAAUCUUCGUUCCGGGAUUCACGGUGGCGGCCUCGAUGGCGGCGGUGCCUCGUCGAAGUAAAAUAAUUGAAUAAGCCGGAGGCGGAAGCUAGACAGAAGGGUAGGGGGAGGGAGAGAAAGGAUAGAAAGAGACAGAUAGACGUAGAGAGAUAGAUAGAUAGAUAGAGAAAGAGAGAAAGAAAGAGAGAGAGAGAAAGAGAGAGAAAAGUAGCUUUCGCAAGACGAAAUUUAUAAUAAUUCUAUCGGCACCCACAGGGCUCUGUAAGAGGGAUGAUAAGAUUCCUUUCCUUUUGACUAAGAGGAAGGACCUUCGUCGUUCUUUAGUCCUUCCAAGAAGGAGCAGUUAGAGAGAUAAGACGUUAAGAAAGAAGAAAGAGGAGAAUAACACUGUUCCAAUUCCAAGAAAGAGAAUAAUAAUAAUAAUAAUAAUAAUAAUAAUAAUAAUAAUAAUAGAAAAAGGAAGAGAAGAACGAAAUAGGGAGAAAAAAAAAGUAAACUCUAAAUCGAGAGAGAAAGAAAAGAAAGGAAACAAAGUGAGUGAAUGAGAGUGAGAGAGAGAGAACGAAGGUAAAUGUUAUCGAGAUCAGACGUUGUCUCGGAACGUUCGAGUUUUUGUCGAGCGUGAGAUGGUCCUCGUGAAGCGUCGUCACAAAGGUGAAAUCAGUCGGGUCAGGGACAUCGAGUUGGAAAGAGGAAGUCGUCGUCGAGGCUGUCACUGCGAUAGGAGAGUCUCGAAAACGUCGUUGGCGUUGGUGAAGGAGAGACCGAGAGAAGGAGAAUAAAUAAAAGAGCCUCGUGACGGAGGGACUUCGUACGGCCCUGGCGCGGCUGCGGCACUGCGCCCCCACAGGGGGCUCUCUGCCAAAUACCCCGAAUCUACCCUCUACCCCCGAACACAAGGCUCACAUCGUAAAACACGUCGAACGACAAUAAUCAUUCGUAACGGGGGAGGAGCGGCUAGUCUCGAAGAUGGCGAAUUUAUCGGGACGCCUCAUUAAAAAAAAGGGAAGGAAUGGAAGGAAGAAAUCGUGUUUCUUGCUAAUAGCGGUACCCAAUCACGUGCAUAGCUCUAUCCAGCUCGCGAGACAUUUAAUCGAAAAGGGAUGUUUGGAGAAUCGUGGCUCCCCUGGGAGGAGUGGCGGAGCAGGAGGAGGAGGAGGAGGAGGAGGAGGAGGAGGAGGAGGAGGAGGUUCACGGGGUACCGGGUGUGAUUCAGGAGAGUCGCAGUCGCAGCCAUCUCGAGGAGGACGUCAUGGAGCCUCGGAAAGUUCUUCAUCGAAGGACGGUGACCUGCUUUCGCAUGCGGCUUCCGCUUUGCGUAGACUCCACUUCAAAUCCGCUGGUGGAAGUCGUAGUUGUCGUACGGUGCCAAAGGUCGUGGUUAUGGGUUCCAGUACAGCAUCUGAAACCACGAUCAACACAAGUACCGACAGCGCCAAUACUAUGGUCACCAUGGUGACGACGACGGACGGAGAACAACCGGACGACAGUUUUGACUUGAUAGACGUACCACCGGAAAUGUCGCCGCCACCUGUCGCGCCAACGUCGAAGGACACGCAAAGCAAUUCCACCGGCACGCAACAAAUCGUUCUUCCAUCGGAGAAGGUCGAUUCCAAUCACGUAGAACAUAAUUCGAAAAGCACGGUCAACGUACAAUCCAGCAGCACUGCCCAGCACGGCGCCAUGUCACCUAUUUCUGAUAUCAUAGACGACACAGGAGCACCCCCACCCACCCCUAUGAUCGGAGCUCAUCAAGAGUGCAGGUUCACUUUUAUUAGCGGUAGAACACCACCCCUACCUGAUCUAAGGGCAGCCGAAUUUUUCAGUACUCCGGUGAGAGGCUCGGUGGAUGCCGGACAACCUGAUCCAAGUCAAAUAAGCUCGAUGCUAACAUUAAUGGCUACCAAAGAGAAACAAAAUGAGAAGAGUGCUUUGGUCAACAUUAAUUCUAAUCACACGUCAUUGAUCAAAAUUACGGAGCCCAACGAGAAAAACUCCAACGAAACGAAACACACAGCUGGACAGAAAAAACCGAAUAUCAAUGUUACGACGAAUCCAUUGGAUAUUUCUUUGGUCGGUAGUCAACCAUCGUGUAACGCACAGACUCCGACUGGUACUACGAAUAGAAGUCGAGGAAGAUCAGCGCCAGGAGGGAGCGCCGGUGGAACAAAGAGAACGACUCAGGCGACGAUCGUGGUCCAACAACCUUCCCUCUCAUUGGACGCACCAGCUGCUACCAUUCUUCUACAUCCGGACGCGGAUGCAAGGAGACGAGAGGAGAAUAUGAGACAAUUGCUUGAUGUUGCGAACACCCUCACCCUGCAGGAGAUUCACGACUUCGAAAUGAGAUAUGGAAGUCCACAUCACAGUCGUUCGCAAUCCGUGAAAACUCCAGGUAGCCGAUCGUCCGGUCGGCCGAAUUACUUGUGUCUUCCGCAGCAAAGGUCGAGGGUAGCCAGUAUGCCGAACACAGGGGUCGAGGAAGAGUAUUAUCGGCUGAGGCAUUUCAGUAUUACCGGGAAAGGUGUGGUGAAUAGAGGCGAUUCAUUGAAAAGUCGAAGAUCCCGUUCCAACAAUAGCGUCGCAUCGAGCAACUCUAGGGAGAUUUUACGAGAAUCCAAAGCGGUUGCUUAUAGUACGGAACAUCUGACGGCUUCAUAUCCUGGUUCGGCACGAAAUUCUGCGGCGGGUUCACUCGCGAGUUCACGCGAGAGCAGUGCGUCUCAAGAUCCAGCACCUUAUCGAGUUUUAAUGCUUGGUGCACCUGCAGUAGGAAAGAGCUCCCUCGUAUCUCAAUUUAUGACGUCGGAGUAUUUACACGCGUACGACACAUCCAUCGACGACGAGUCCGGUGAGAAAACGGUGAGCGUGCUAUUAGCCGGCGAGGAGUCCGAGUUGACGUUCAUCGACCAUUCGUGUGCGGAAAUGACGCCGGAAAACUGCAUAUCGACGUACGAACCACAUGCAUAUUGUGUCGUUUAUUCGACGACAGAUCGUGCUUCUGUAAGAGUGGCUGAGGAGGUUCUCCAAGCCCUUUGGCGUAGUGACCACGUAUCGGCGAGGGCGGUCAUUCUCGUUGGAAACAAGGUCGACCUCGCUAGAAGUCGUCUGGUAUCGACCGAGGAGGGCAAAUCAAUGGCAACGUCCUAUGAUUGCAAAUUCAUCGAGACAUCCGUGGGGAUAAAUCACAACGUGGACGAGCUGUUGGUAGGACUGUUGACGCAAAUACGUCUUAAACUCGAGAAUCCAGAAAGAACGCGUGAUUUAUUCCGCAAGAGAUCACGAAAGAAUCGUAGCAGAUCGCCGCUGGGCUCUUGCUCGGAGAACAACUCGCCGAAGAAGUACAGAGGUAGUCGAACGAGUACCAGCCUAAAGGUACGAAACUUGUUGGGUAAGGUUUGGGCAAGGGAUAGCAAGUCGAAAAGUUGCGAGAACCUUCAUGUACUUUAAAGGAAGAAAAAACGAUUGAACCAAAAAAAAAGAAAAAAAAAAGAAAGGAAGAAAGAAAGAAAAAAACAAUAACAAGGGAAACAAGGCCGAUCCUAAUCAUGCGAUCCUAACUCGUGACUGUAAUUCGAAAAACGAUUUAAAACGAUAUAUAUAUUAUUUUUUUUUUUUUUUGUAAAUAGGAUUAUCGGGUUGUAACGUGAGAGAAAGAAAUAAAUAGAAUGAUUUGCGUUCGAAGAAUAUUGAUGAGGGAAAGAGGGAGAGAGAAAGAGGAAGAUAAACGAACGAUUAAAUGAAAAGGAGAAAGAGAAAGAAAAAGAAAAAGAAAAUGAGAGAAUGCUAACUGGUAGAAGUUAAUGACUACCUCGAGAAAAUUGUGUUCACCCGCAAAUACGUUUUUAAUCGUCCUAUCCUUUGUUUUUACUCUCCGAAACGUAGUCCAUAGGAUCAAGAACGACGCAUUUUUUGAUUGUUAUAAUGCCCGUUGCAUUUCGAGCACGUUUUUUUAAAGAAAAUAAAAAAAAAAUAGGGAGAAAAAAAAAAAGGAAAAAAGAGAACACGAGAAAUCGACGCGAACGCAUUCGUUCGUUCGUUCCAUCGAAAUGCCACGGAAAAUGUUCGCGAGAGAUUCGUUUGAAUUUUUAACGAGAUAAAUAUUUUCUGCGGGAAUUGUUGUAACACGAGAAGAUGAGAAUAACGAUCGUUCCUCCGAUAAUCCUGUUUCACGCGUCUUACGAUAAUCUAUAUAUAUAUAUAUAUAUAUAUAUGUAUGUAUGUCUAUAUAUAUAAAAUAUAUAUACAUAUAUUAUAUAUGUAUAUAUAAAAUAAACAUAUUAUGUAUUAUAUCUUCCUCGACCAAAGCGAUAACCAUAAGAUUGUUGUUAUUGUAUCGUAAAUAAUGUCGACUUUUUAGAAAAAGAACUGAAAGCGAGAAUAAAAGAAAGAAAGAGAAAGAGAAAGAGAGAGAACGAAAUGAAAAAUUACACAUUUAUACAUAUAAUAUAUAUAUAUAUAUAUAUAUAUAUAUAUAUAUAUGUAUAUGUAUAUCAUACAUAAGAUUAGGAAUUGACGAACGAAAAGAUGUCGUCACGAUGAGAUAACGUCACAGACUAUCGAAUCUCGAAUAAAAAAGAGAAAAAACAAAGACAAAGAGAGAACGAGAAAGAAAAAGAGAGAGAUACAAGGAAGAAAGAUGGAAAGAUAAAAGCCAAAAUGGAUUCACCGUACUCUCUUAAAAUUGGAGAACAAGUUUAUAAUAGUAAAAACUAGUUGGAAUUGUUCCAAAUUUCUUGGAACUCCCACGACAUUUUUUUCUGCUUACUUUGAACGACCUCGCAGCCGAAAUAUGUAACAGAACGAGAGAACUUCGUUCGUUUUAUAUACAUACGUACUUACAUACGUGCAUAGAUAUACACAUAUACACAUGCACACAUUUACACUUUCGUACACGUACAAAAAAAUACAUAUAUACAUACAUACAUAUAUACACAUACACACAUACACAUACAUAUGUAUACCUGUGCUUUUCUAGGAAAAAAAAAUAGAAAAGAAAAAAAAAGACAAAUUGGAUAAUACCAGUAUGGCGACCGAUUAACAAACGACCGACAUGCUUUCUACACGUUUUGUAUACAUAGUUACACACGUAUAUAGAUUCCGAAUACGUCAUUGUUAGGUAACUUAUCAAACGUUGGCGAAAAAAAAAUCUGUCUGUGUUUGUGUGUAUGUGAAUGUGUGUGUGUAUUGUGUGUGAGCGCGCGUGCGCACUCGUUUUCUCCCUUGUAACACUUGCAAAACGCGGGAGAUAAACUAUCGUACAUAUGUCAGGUUUUAACAAACGGCACAUCUGCCGUAACUCGAUUUGUUAUUCUUUGCUUUCGAUCAAACUACGCAAAUUUUUUAAUUCAGACGUUAGAAAAAAAUAGAGAGAGAGAAAGAGAGAAAGAUAGAUAGAUAGAAAGAGAGAGGGAGAAAAAUGAUGAAAUAAAAAAAGAAGAAGAGAGCGAUUUAUCUUUUUCUUGCAAUAGCUUACAUCGUAUAUUUAAACUUAUACUUCGUUU